CGCCUGGGUUGCGGAAGUGGUAGCCGCUGACCGAGCCUGCUGCUUUCUCGCUACUGCUUCGGCUUCCCGGCUCCCCCCCCGGACGGAGACGGCGGCCCGGCUGUGGAUGGUCAGAUAGCUCCGAUCUCCUGCCGCCAAUCCCUGGCCCCAAUCAGCACGGAGCAGACGGCGGCAGCGGCAGUAGCAGGCGAGGAGGAAGAUGGCGGGACGGCUGCCGGCCUGUGUGGUGGACUGUGGCACGGGGUAUACAAAGCUAGGAUAUGCUGGAAAUACAGAACCACAGUUUAUCAUCCCUUCCUGUAUUGCUAUUAAGGAGUCUGCAAAAGUGGGUGAUCAAGCUCAAAGGAGGGUGAUGAAAGGUGUUGAUGACCUAGACUUCUUCAUUGGUGAUGAAGCAAUAGAAAAACCUACGUAUGCAACAAAGUGGCCAAUUCGCCAUGGUAUAGUUGAAGAUUGGGACUUGAUGGAAAGGUUUAUGGAGCAAGUGAUUUUUAAAUAUUUAAGGGCAGAACCAGAAGACCAUUAUUUUCUUUUGACUGAACCUCCACUGAAUACUCCAGAAAACAGGGAAUAUACUGCUGAAAUAAUGUUUGAAUCCUUCAAUGUUCCAGGCUUGUACAUUGCUGUGCAGGCUGUUCUUGCCUUAGCUGCCUCUUGGACCUCAAGACAAGUAGGAGAACGGACAUUGACUGGUACAGUAAUAGACAGUGGAGAUGGUGUCACCCAUGUCAUUCCAGUGGCUGAAGGGUAUGUGAUUGGCAGCUGCAUUAAGCACAUUCCAAUUGCAGGACGAGAUAUAACAUAUUUUAUUCAGCAGUUGUUGAGAGACCGAGAAGUAGGAAUCCCUCCAGAGCAAUCCUUGGAAACUGCUAAGGCAGUAAAGGAGCGCUAUAGUUAUGUCUGCCCAGAUUUAGUAAAAGAAUUUAACAAGUAUGACACAGAUGGAUCAAAGUGGAUUAAGCAAUAUACUGGAAUCAAUGCUAUCUCAAAGAAAGAAUUUUCUAUUGAUGUUGGUUAUGAGAGAUUCUUGGGACCUGAGAUCUUUUUUCAUCCAGAGUUUGCUAAUCCAGACUUUACUCAACCUAUCUCAGAAGUUGUAGAUGAAGUAAUUCAGAAUUGCCCUAUCGAUGUCAGACGUCCACUCUACAAGAAUAUUGUCCUCUCUGGAGGUUCAACCAUGUUCAGGGACUUUGGACGUCGCUUGCAAAGAGAUUUGAAAAGAACUGUAGAUGCCAGGCUGAAAUUAAGUGAGGAAUUGAGUGGUGGCAGAUUGAAGCCAAAACCUAUUGAUGUACAAGUCAUUACACAUCACAUGCAGCGAUAUGCAGUUUGGUUUGGAGGAUCCAUGCUGGCUUCCACGCCCGAGUUCUACCAAGUAUGCCACACCAAAAAGGAUUAUGAAGAAAUUGGACCUAGCAUUUGUCGUCACAAUCCAGUGUUUGGAGUCAUGUCGUAAAAUUGAUUUCAUAAUUAUUGGGGUUAGGGAGGUGGGGAAGAAAUAAUCUUUCUGAUUACCUGUUUUGUCUGGAUGGCUGGUUUUGAGGUUUUAAACCUGACUUGAAGUAAGAAGACCAAACAUAAUUAUACAGGAAUAUUUUAAUAAGUGUAUCAACAUGCGAAUGUAGAGGAGAGCCAAAAUGAUUAAGUGUUUUUCUUUAGACUGAAUAUUUGAAUCUUAUGUGUAACAAAAAGAAGUGGGUUUUAGUUCUUUCUGUGCCCUGAUAUUUUGUAUAUUAUUGAAUUAUCCAAGAUUUGAUGGGAUUUAUCGGUAUGUAGAUAGCUCUAUAAUGCUUGAGUUGUACACUUCUAAGUGUGCAAUGCAAGAGCUUGUUUAUAUUUCAUACUUUUUAUACUUUGAGGAAAAAAGUCAAAGAAAAACUAGUAUUUGAGGAGAAUCAAGUGACCAAGUAAAGGAUAAAUUAAAAAAAAAAAAAGCCUCCUGAGACUUGGCGUACACACACUCAUGGGAUUCCAGUUAUUACAAAUGGCUUCCACCCCCUUGUGCCCCCCAAUGGUUUUCUUUGCAAGUGCUUUUGGAACUAAGAAGCUAGUAUCUUGGAUUAACUGAUGCCCGCUAGUGCUUUCUGACUACUCGAAUCCUGUUUCUUGCUUUAAAGGAAAAGUAAAGAGAAGACUGUUGGACCAGUACUGCAGUUCUGUAGUGUCAUUUCUUAUUAAAAGUAAAUUUGAUUACCAAAAUUGGUAUAUUUAAAGCCUAACACCAUUCUAAUAAAGGCACAAAUUUCUUUUUAAUACUUGUUUCAAGCUCUUUAAUCUCUUUAUAAGUUAACUAAUCUAUUUUCUUCAAACCUCUGCUAUAAUUCUUUAAAAUCACAAUUGGUUAGCAAGCUGACUUUUUUAUGUGCUCUAAACAAAUAAUUGUGAACUUUUAAUAUGUUGAGUGCUUUCAUUUUGAUAACUGGAUCUCCAUUUGAUAUUUUCAUUUGUAUAACUCAUUUGCAGUCUGAAAAUUUUUUUAGUGCCAGUCCCUGACAUACCAUGGAAAGUUAAUUUUCUUUGCAUUUUAAAAUAUCUGGAUUAUGAAGAAAAAGUGAUGAAAAUAAAUUAAAACUGAAUUACCUUUUCUAAAGUUUUUUUUUUUUUUAGAAGCAGUGUCAUUCUAUUUUGGGUUUAUGUAUCUUAUAGGAUUUCUGUUUCUGUUGGAAUAGUAGGAUUUAUUGAAAUCUCUAUAAUGUGUAUGGUAGAAAAUACCCUGUGAACUUGAAAUUUCACCAGUUAUAUUUAUAGAAGAAUAAAAAUGGAAGAUGUUU